CGCUUUAGAAUAAGUUUAUUCAUUAGAUCAUUUCAGCAGCUGCGUAGCGGAACAAAGCAGUUGAGAUAUUUGGAGUCAGCAGAUCUGAAACUUGAAAAAAUAACCGUCAAACCAUUCGUAAGUGUGGAGAAUGAUGAUAUGCCAAUGCUUCGAAAUGUGAUCGUAGAAUUGAAAAGGCUUAUUCCUAUUAAAUUGUUUAAAAAGAAAUGCUUCCAUGAUUUUCUUCUGGAUUACUCAGUGGAGCAACGACGUAUAUUGCGGAACAUAUACAAACAAAUUGAAGAAAGUCAUAUGGUUGGAUCCGCUAUUGAUGAAAUAGUUGUGGUACUUGAUAAAUCGAAAGUAUACUGGGCGCUGGACGAAUUGGAAAAUGCGACCCAAAUCAUACGAGUGGGUAUCGAUUGUAUAAGAUUUGUGUUAGAUAUAUUUAGUGAAAGCUGGAUUGUUUACAGCGGUGAUUUCGCAUUUUUUCCUGCACCAUGGUCUACUUCUUCUGGAGACGUAGACGUUUCCACGGUUAGAUGGAUGGCUGAAGGAAUUCUUUGUUCAAUUGUUAAUCGCCCAGGUAUCGCAAUGAAUGAUCUCAAAUUGAAGUAUUCCUUUGCUUUACAACCUCGAUUUUUCAUGGAUUUAAUCAAACUACUUGAAAGGUUUGGAUGCAUUGUAUUAAAGCAAAUCAGAUCGAUACCAGCUAAUCUUAAUUCACCUUUCCUUGAUGAAGGUAUUUUGCAUUUAUUUUUUAAGAUAAUUUUUCUUAUUUUUUAUUGUUUUUUACAAUUGUUUUAUAAUUUCUCAAAGCGAUUAUUCUAA